AUGAACAAGACAAUGACGAACAAGAAGAAGAAAACAAUGAUGAUUAUGAUGAGAAAAUUGCAGGAGAUUAGAAAAUUUGGGCUGAAAACGUGUCUGCACUACUUCUCCUCCAACGGGAGAUUGAAGGCCCACUCCGUAGACUGCACAAAACUAAACGAUUGUGCCAUCGUUUUACCGAACGAGGACGACAAGUGGCUGCGUUUCGGCAACCACAGCGGGAAGGAGCGGAUGCGGUUCGUCGUAUACGCCGACUUGGAGUGUGCAUUGGAGAAGAGAGGAGUGGAAAAAUCCGGCACAUACCCAUAUCACCAUCACAAGGCAUAUAGUGCUGCGUACUACGUGCGGUGUUCAUACGACAACUCAUUAUCCGCGUAUCGAUAUCGUCGCGGCACCGACUGUAUAUCGUGGUUUGUUAAAGAACUGAAAGCUCUAGCAUUUCGCGUAAAAGCACUUCUAACCGCUAAUGUGCCUAUGGAAAAUCUAACGAGAGAACAGGAAGUAGCAUACCAUAGCGCGACGCACUGUUAUAUCUGCGAAGAGCCAUUCGCGCAAGACGAGACGCGAGUACGCGAUCAUUGCCAUCUGACCGGUCAGUACAGAGAUCCUGCGCAUUCAAAUUGUAAUCUAAAUUAUAAAGAGUCCUAUACUAUUCCUAUAGUAUUUCACAAUUUAUCCGGCUACGAUUCACAUUUUAUAAUCAAAGAAUUGGCUAGUAAUUUCAAGGGCACAAUUGAACUACUACCUAUUACAAAAGAAAAGUACAUUUCGUUUACCAAAAAUGUUAACGAGGCAGAUGCAGUAUUUCGGAACCACGUAAAAUUGCGCUUUAUUGAUUCGUUACGAUUUCUGAGUAGUAGUCUGGAUAAAUUGGCAUCGUUUCUCAGCAAAGACAAACUCAAAAUUUUACGAUCAGAAUUCUCUAAUUUAUCAAUUGAGGAUUUCGACCUAUUGACACUAAAAGGCGUCUUCCCGUACGAGUACGUGGAUUGCGUCGAAAAGUUACAAGAUACCCGCUUAUCACCGCGAGAAUCAUUCUACAGUUCCUUAACGGGUGACGCGAUAUCCGAGAGCGAUUACGUGCACGCCGAGAACAUUUGGCAGCGGUUCGCCAUUCAAACGUUAGGCGAAUACAGUGACUUGUAUUUGAAAACCGACGUGGUAUUAUUGGCCGACAUUUUUGAAAAUUUUCGCGACAGUUGUAUCACGAGUUAUGGUCUCGAUGCGGCAUAUUAUUAUACGCUACCGGGCUUCACGUGGGACGCGAUGCUCAAGCAUACGCGUAUAAAUUUCGAACUGCUCACCGAUAUCGAUAUGGUUAUGUUCUGUUUAGAGACUAACUAG